UGCGUAACGCUGACCGAGGGGGCCGUCGUUAAAUACGGGAAGACUCCCCCUCCGUGGCACCACUUCUGCGGAAAAGCUGCACUCAGGAGGAGCACACACAUUCCAGCUCGCGUUUCCACGUUUUUAACUCAAAGCCUAAAGAUGUCCACCAAGGAGAAGCUGAUUGGCCAUGUGAUGAAGGAGGAACCCAUUGGCAGCAGGAACAAGGUGACGGUGGUGGGCGUCGGUAUGGUGGGCAUGGCCUCUGCCGUCAGCGUACUGCUCAAGGACUUGUGUGAUGAGCUGGCCUUGGUUGAUGUGAUGGAAGACAAGCUGAAGGGUGAGGCCAUGGACUUGCAGCAUGGAUCCCUCUUCCUCAAAACACACAAGAUUGUGGCAGACAAAGACUACAGCGUGACAGCCAACUCCAAAGUGGUGGUCGUGACUGCUGGUGCCCGCCAGCAAGAGGGCGAGAGUCGUCUUAACCUGGUGCAGCGCAACGUCAACAUCUUCAAGUUCAUCAUCCCAAACAUCGUCAAGUACAGCCCCAACUGCAUCCUGAUGGUGGUUUCUAACCCAGUGGACAUCCUGACCUAUGUGGCAUGGAAGCUGAGUGGUUUCCCCCGUCACCGCGUCAUUGGCUCUGGCACCAACCUGGACUCUGCCCGUUUCCGCCACAUCAUGGGAGAGAAGCUCCAUCUUCACCCUUCUAGCUGCCACGGCUGGAUCAUUGGAGAGCACGGAGACUCUAGUGUGCCUGUGUGGAGCGGUGUGAAUGUUGCUGGAGUUUCUCUGCAGACCCUCAACCCACAGAUGGGAGCUGAGGGUGACAGUGAGAAUUGGAAGGCUGUCCAUAAGAUGGUGGUUGAUGGGGCCUAUGAGGUUAUCAAGCUGAAGGGCUAUACUUCCUGGGCCAUUGGUAUGUCUGUGGCUGACUUGGUGGAAAGCAUCAUGAAAAACCUGCACAAAGUGCACCCUGUGUCCACACUUGUCCAGGGAAUGCAUGGAGUAAAGGAUGAGGUCUUCCUGAGCAUCCCUUGCGUCCUGGGCAACAGCGGUCUGACAGAUGUGAUUCACAUGACACUGAAGUCAGAUGAGGAGAAGCAGCUGGUGAAGAGCGCUGAGACCCUGUGGGGAGUACAGAAGGAGCUCACCCUGUGAAGAGCGCUCCUCUGAAUCCUCACGCUGCGUGGUUGACUCCCUCCUUCUACCAUACCUCCUGUGUCCAAACGGCGAAUGCAACCUCUGAAUAUCUAAAAAGGCAAAGUGUUUGUAGCUAAACCAGUGGAGGCUAGAUUUUACCUUCAGAUAUUCAAACAAGGGUUUCAUUUUCCGUCGCUGCCUCCCAACUGUCCUCCCUCCAUUACUGAAUUCUCGGAAACGCAACACGUACCUUUGGCCUUUGAGAUCAGCCUGUGUUGGAGAGGUUGUAUCUGUUUGUUGUCCUCUCUACACAAGAAAAGCUAGGCCUUUGCAAAUUGACCGUAUAUACUGUAUGUACUGUAUGUUACUGUGCACUGUUGCUUCUUCUGUACACUCCUUGUCUGUAGUUCGUAUUUAUUGUCUGUAUUCUGUGAUUGUUGCCAGAUGGUGUUUUCCACUUGGUAAUCUCUGUUUAUUUUGUAUUUGGAGUACAAUGGAGACAUUCCAUUCUCUAUAAGGAGGGCUUCCUACCCACCUACAGUCAUAACACCACUGCCGCAAAAAUAUCACUGGGCCAGCAUCCUGUGAUACCAAAGUACCUUAGCAUUUAGAAAAGCAAUGCUGCAUCUUCUGGUUGGCAUUGAAGCCUUUGUAAACCAACAGAACCACAAGUGCACUGACAGAAAACAGUGAAAAGUCAAGGUUUGAAGAACUGGCAAGAAGCAACCUGAUUUCAUCUGAAUUAAAGGAGUUGUCAUCAUGGUGACUUGCUAUAACUUUACUCAACAUAGAGAUAGCAGAGAGCCAAUUUGAAAGAGUCAGCUAUGAUCAUGACUGAGGGUCAGAUUAUGAAAUCUAACAGAAGGUAACAAUCCUGAAAAAGGUGUUGCACAGCCUAAAUACCCUCAAAGGUUUUUGUAUUUAUUUUACUCCACCUAACUCUGGGGGGAAAAAGGAUAAAGAGAACAAUGAUUAGUAUUAUUUAUAACUGUUAAUACUGUUAAGAUCUAUUUAUGUAUUAAUGUUACAAUUUUAGAUGUGGUCUAUCAAUCACCUGACUCACUGAGGAACUGUACCCAUCAUGGCAGCUGGAUAUAGAUUUUUAUUUUGCUGUUGCAUCAAAUAAAUCUGCCAGGAUACUGAUACAAGCUU